AUGCCUCCUAAGCCGAAGCGCACGUCUCAAACACGCACGCGAAGUUCUAUAAAGCGACCACGUGUAACAGAGCUGAUUGAAACCCGCCCUGGCCUAAGUGAUCAACAACAACCUGCCACUUCGACAGAGCAGCCUCUCGUGACUGUCAACAUGCAGGCCCUCUCGGCAUCCAUUUCUAGCGCAGUACAGCCAGCUGUCGCGGAGGCAAUGAAAGCGCAAUGGCCAGCCGCACCCAGCCAGGAGACACAGUCCUCCACGGACCAGUCAGUGGCCAAUAUAGUGAACACAUCCUUGGCCGAGAUCACCCAAGAUAGCAUUGUUCAAGGAACUUUCACCCCAAGCAGACGAAUUGCCAGCAAUAGUGCCCGAGAUUCUUUUGCCGAAGAGUUGGUCGCUAACUUGGAGAGUUUCUUGAGUUCUGUAUUGGCGUCAGGUUCGGGCACGGGCUCUGCUUGCGUCUUGGUGGGGGUGCCACACUCUGUGGCUCUUUGGCGGUUUUUUCCCCCACCUUUGCUGAAGAGAUAUUUAGUUUAUUAUAGAUUGGCAGAUCUUGAAAAUAAAGUUCGUCACCUUUGGUGGCAAAAUUUUCUCCAACCAAAUGCGACUCUGUGUUUAUCUCCUCAGAAAACAAGUGCGCCGCCACGCAGAGCCCUUGGUCACGCAAUGCAAGGUUUUCAGCGUUCUUCUUACCGAAAAAAUGGCUUGAUAUAAAAUCUUGUUUUGUAAUAUGUCUUCAGUUUCCCCCGCCUCGAUUAGUUUAUAAGCUAUUUCCGGGUGAAAAAGUAAUGUAAUUAGUUAUUUUCCAGUUUUCAAUAAACUUUGUUGUUGUUGUUGUUGUUUUUCAGUUAAUUACAUAAGUUUCAGUUUCUUUUUUUUUUCUUUCUUCUUUUCCUCAGAAGAUGCAACAUUUCUCAGCCUUGACUGAAUAUAUCAAAUAUGAGAAACGGUGUUCCAUCCGAUAUCCAACCACCGAGAAGUAAUAUGGAGGUAAUAUGUCACACACGAGAAGAGGUGUUUCUGACAUUUAACAUCCAUUUUUUUUCUUUUCUUUUCUCUUUUCUUUUUAUUCUUUACACCGACUUCUAAGGGGUGUAAAUAUCAUAUAAAACACUGAGAGGAGAUAAUAAUCAGUCUUGAAGAAGUUCAAAGGCAAGUUUGCAGAACUUUUAUGAGGUAAUUAUGAUCCGAAAUCCAGUAGUGAUUUCCUCUGUUUGUCUUCAUCAAUUGUUUAUAAGUUUGAGAAAACUUUUACAAUCCAUUUCAGGCUAGUCAACAUGUUACUCAGUGUUAGUAUCUACAAGCAUGUCAAGAACAAACGGGAAUGCUAUUCGCAAUCAGGUUUGUGAAUGCACCUUUAACCUGAAACAACUUUCUCUCCAGAGCUGCAGACUUUUAUAACCCAUCUUGUAAUCUUCAUGUCAAACAGCUAUUUUCGUCUCGAUGGAUGAAUAUCUAUGAGGGAUGGUAUAGGCGCACAGGUGUCAGCACCACCCGCUUUUGGCACCUCAGUUCCUUUUAAUAAGCCCCCCUACAGCCGCCCUUUCAUCUCUCACGUCCCUUUCAUCGCUGUCCCUCGCCAACCCUCCAUUCGUCGCAGUAUAUGAACUGUCGUACACUGGUUAUUUUGACUGAGUUUCUUGUACGUCGUCUAUGAGUAUUUACAUUUGUCAAUCUUGUGGUAUAUACACGGCAGGCUGAGAGGUAACGGAUGAUGUGGCCUUAUCAGGUGGAUACAAAUACGAUUGUUGUAUGUUCCUGUCAAAUAGCGACCAUCAAGUUCUUAUUCAAGAUCUCGAGAUAGUCUGUCCGUGAAUACUGAAACACUCUCCAAUUUGUCCCCGACGCCAACAGGAACUAAAAAAAUGUUUCAGUAUGGAUAAUCCCAAACCAGACUGAUUUGUGUAAAUAUUGACUACAGUCCACUCUCUAUAAGAGAGACACCUCUAUAAGACGAACACCUCCCUAAAACGGACACCUACAGUUGGUCCCUGUCUUUCUUUACUCCCUUAAUUUGACUAUCUAUAAGACGGACAUCUCUCUCUAAGACGGACACUUACUGCCGGUCCCAAAUGUGUCCGUCUUAGAGGGAGUUGACUGUUCUUCCUUUUUCUAGGAAUUAAUUCAUUUUUAAAUCACUAAGAACCAAAAUCAUGUAAUACCCAAAACGAGGUUAAGAAGACUCUGCGCCGACCAUGUGAUUGCUUGCACGUGUUUGAAACCGAUGGCAGGAUUACACUUAGGCUGUCUUCAAAGUUCUUCUGUUUAGGGAAUAGCCAUUAACGCUGGGUCUUGCUCACAAUAUUUAACAAAGCUCUCCAGAACCUUAAAUCGUAAUAAAAAGAAUUAUACUCUUUAUUAAGUAACAAUAGCUGAACUGGCCGAAGCCAAAGGUUACUCUUGAAGGUCAAAAGAAUCGUAAAAUCGUGGUUCGAAGAUGUGGUAAAAAAGGGUAAUGCGUCAUAAGCGAGGAGCCACAUUUUCAUGAAACGAAAAGAGCAACAAUAUUUUAGUUUUUUAGUUAGAGCAUUGUUGAAGUCGUUUCAACAGAACUUGUAAGUUGAAUUUCAAAUUAUUCAAAGUAGAUUCAUGGCAAAAUUUGCCAAACGAAAGGCAAACAGGCUAUAAAGUGACCGUCUAGUCAACAAGAAAAACUAUCGGUAGGGGUUCAAUAAUGUUUUUAAAAUAACAUUUGGGUUUUCGAAGAUAGCAGUGGCCUGUCACAUCAGUAUGAACCCAUUAAACCUGAUUCAAAACCCGGACAGCUGCCAGCGUUAAUUCCACCGGAUACAUCACUGUCCUCGGGAUACGUAUUAAGGAAACCAGUUGCACAAUCCACUGGAUAGAGAUUUAUCCAGUGGGUAGCGUUAUAAACCUUUUGAGCAACUGAGCGCUGAUCGCGAGGGGUGAAAGUGUAUCUUAUCUCUCCACUCUUGGGUGAUCUGGCUUGGGAAGUUCGAAAUUCGUACUGAAUGUUAAAGGACACGCAAACGAGAGAUUAAUUCGUUUAGUUCGGCUUAAACAGAUUUAUCGCUGAAAACUGAUUAGGCGACGUUUUUGCAGUAAAACGUGAUGUAUAAUAAAAUCAUCAGUCUCUUGGGGACCGUGUAAUCACUUUUUAUCGCUUUGAAUUAGCUUAGAACUUGGCUACGGUACUGGCCAUACGGCGGAAUUAAUUUGUGAGUGCUUCCUUGGUGUUUUAGUUUGGUGUAGUUUGGAUCGUUUGUUUUGUUUUCUUUGUUUUUUUUUUUCCUUUAUACAGCUACCGUAACUCUCCAUAACAAUAACUGAAGACGUUUUGACAGUAAGAUAUCCGAAAAAACGUAUAACCACGGAUGGACAAUCCAAUCUAGUAAUAGUCUAGACGCCUCCCACACAGACGCUUUCAGUGGAGCUCAUCUUUCAUUCCUCCCCUAAAAAAUUUAUGUCAGGGUAUGGUAAUCACAUGAUAACUCGCUCGGUCAGGCUGUACCAGGUACUGCAAAUCUAGUCAAUGAGGUUAUAGGGCGGUGUCAUGCUUAAGUAAUUAAGUAUAUUGAGCUAUCAUUUUACUAAUGCAGUCCAUUCCAGUCCAGUCUGCGAAAUACAGUGUGCCUUCUCUCCCUCGUCAUCAACUUGGCUGGAUCUCGAGCAAAAUCUUUUCAGGCAAGUGAUUCCUUUUGAUUAUAUUCUCUUUUAUUUUUUCCUCUUGCCACCAAUCCGUGUUUUUAUUCUGGGCCAUUCGCCGUCUGCACGAUUUUCUUCGCCGCAAUUCUAAUACGCACAUUGCAGAAAAUUUUAGUUUAGAUGGCGAUCUGCUCAUAAGAUGGCAUGGGAUUGGAGGUAGAACAGUUUCUAAAACUAGCGAGAGCAGUUAUAAAAUGAUGCUUUCCAGACCAACUCAAACUACUUUUUCCCGGUUGUUCCCGUUUCUUCCCCUGUCAUUCGUCAUAAAAAAUUUUCCUGUUUAAUUUCUGUUAUUAUUUUCGUACUAAAAUCCCAAUUUUCAAUUUAACAAAAAAUUAUAACAGAAAUUAAUCGAAAAAGUUAUUCCUUACUAAAAUAUUAAACUAAUUACUGGAACAAUAAUUUUUACUAUUAAUUUCUGUUUUUAAAAAAUAUUUUAAAAUUAAAAUUCCAAUUUCAUCAAGAAAACAAUGAAAAAAAUACAAAACAAUUUGAUAUAACACAUAACAGAAAAGUAACAAAAAUAAUCGGGAAAUAGUAGUAAGAGUUUAUCUGGAAAGUAUCAUUUUAUAACUACUCCUACAAAUAUACGAUAAUUUACAUAACACUUUAAACAGCUGUCUGUUUUGACAGAGUUGUGAAUAUUUAAAUCAGUUACAGAAAUAUUAGAACCAAUUCACUUUUCUUUACACAGACACAAGCACAAAUGUGCAAACAGAAAAAUGAGUUUAUUUCUCAAGUGAGGAUUGUGAUAAUAUUUACUUGGUUCGGAAAAAAUAAAAUUGAUUUUUAAAAUUAAAAGCUUAAAGAAAAGAAAUCAUUCAACAAAGUGAGUUUAUCACGAACAUUUUCAUCAACAUCAUCCGACAGUGAUUACGAAGACAUUGUUUUUAUCUGA